AUGGCCUCCGCGGCGUCGGCGCCGGUGUUUGAGAGGGUGGCCGGGAUCCGAGCCAUCGCCGAGUCCGGCCGCUUUAAGGCAAGCUCCUCCCCACUUCCCAGGAACCAAGCUAUUACCUGCUUUAAUCACAAUCGCUCCGCCCCUCCUGUUGCUUUGCUUGGCUUCGCGAGUCACUGUAGUGUAGCAUGGUUCCUGGACCAGUUUGGCGUUCUUCACGACGGGAAGAAGCCGUACCCUGGCGCUAUUCUGGCAUUGGAGAAGCUUGCGGGGAAUGGGGCAAAUAUGGUUAUAAUCAGCAAUUCCUCUAGGCGGUCAUCUGUGACAAUGGAGAAGCUCAAGAGCCUGGGGUUCGACACGUCCUGUUUCCUCGCAACCAUCACCAGUGGGGAGCUCACACAUCAACACCUUCAGAAGAGAAACGACCCAUGGUUUGCAGCCCUUGGAAGGAAGUGUAUCCAUAUCACUUGGGGCGAUCGAGGAGCAAUCUCUCUGGAGGGCCUUGGUUUGCAAGUUGUGAACAAUGUUGAUGAUGCAGAGUUUAUAUUAGCCCACGGUACUGAAGCCCUUGGUUCACCUUCUGGUGAUCCUCUUCCCAAAAGUCUCGAGGAGCUUGAGCAGGUUCUAAUGCUUGGCCUAGAAAAGCGACUUCCAAUGGUGGUAGCUAAUCCAGAUUAUGUCACUGUCGAAGCUCGAGAUCUCCGUGUCAUGCCUGGCACUCUGGCAGCUAAAUAUGAGAGUCUUGGUGGUGAAGUGAAAUGGAUGGGGAAGCCUGAUAAGGUGAUCUAUACAUCAGCGAUGUCCCUAGCAGGUGUUGAUGCUCAUGAAUGUAUCAUGGUGGGUGAUUCACUGCACCACGACAUCAAAGGAGCAAAUGUGUCAGGAAUCGCAUCUGCGUUCAUUACUGGAGGGAUUCAUGCAGAUGAACUUGGACUCGGUGGAUUUGGAGAAACUGCUGGGGAGGAUGCCAUCAAUUCACUGUGCAGCAAGCAUGGAUCAUAUCCUUCUUAUGUUUUGCCUUCAUUCACGUGGUAG